GCAACGGGUGUUGUUCUAUAUGAACAACUAUUCAAUUAAAAUUUAGAGGUUAUUGAUAGGGAAGAAAAAAUAUUUAUUUUCAAAGUGUCUUCAGCUUGUUUUUUUUUGUCAAGAUUAUAACCUAUUUGAUAAAUGUCUUUCUUGAAUGUGAUCAUAAUAAAGAUGACAUUUUGUGAUUGUAAAUAUAGGUGGCAAAUUGGAAUUAUAAAUACUUCAUUUUGUUGUAUAAAAUGGCAAUUGCAGAAAUGCCUUACGCGCAUAUAGUUUUUGCUCUGUGUAUCUUAAACGCAAAAUGUGCAGCAGCCAACUCUGUAAAUUUCCGGGCGUUCCCUAUCGAAUUGAGGAUGAAGCAGGGAGACGCUUAUCCAUCGGUAGUUGAUAUAAAAGAAUGUUGUCUCGCCUGCUCAUAUAAUGACACAUGUACAUCCGUAAACUUUAACAAAGUUUCUAAAGUUUGUGAAAUAAAUACCCUGAAAAUGAAGUCCCUGAAAUUUCGUGUGCAACCUUACUCAGGAUGGAAGUUGUAUGAAAAGCUACCGUGUGGCAUUGGCUAUAUGAGCGGCAAACGAUGUCGUCAUAUUCAAAACUUGUUUCAACCUGGCAAAGUCAGAACACGUCAGGAAGCGUACGACUUUUGUCAUUCACUUGGUGAGAACCUUGUUGCGCUGGGAAAUAGUCAAGACAGAAGAGAUCUUGAGGCUGAUGCAGGUUUAGCUGGUAUGAAUAUAGAUGCUAGGAUUUGGCUUCGUUACAGCGUAGGAUCUAACUGCAAUUGUUAUAGGAGAGAGUUUGCUGAUACAAUAAUGCGUGAUUGUAACUUACAUGCCGCCAUAGUCUGCCAACGACCUUAA